UGCUAAAGUAUGGUUAUAAUAUUCUGGAACACUCCCUAUAGAUUGGCAUACUGUACUGAGUUCCUAAAUUAAUGAUAUUUUUUACAAUGUUUUUUGGAGGCUAGCAAAAUUAUUAUCUAGAACAUGGUAUUUAUCAGUGGAUACAAAAUAGAGGUUAAAGAGUAGUAAUAUUAUCUCUUAUUGUUUCACUGGCUACUACUGGGACUGGAACUGGUUUCUCUGAAAUAUCAUGGAUAAAAGAAUGCCGACAAGAACAGUCAGGAAGAAGUCCAUCAGACCUCCACCAGUGGAUCACAGCGGGGACUCUGAGGAUGAGAUUUUGGACAUCCCGCCAGACAACUCCCCUGCCAACUCCGUCACCAGUAUAAACUCCAUGAAUUCCAUAUCCAGUCUUCUCAAGGAAAAGAUAAUGAUGACGUUUCCACGAGCUAUCCGCCACAAGAAACCCAAAGAGUAUAAACUCCAAGGGUUUGUCAGUUUAUUGUUCCUUACCGUUGUUUUCCUAGUGGGUUUCGCUCAUGUCUUCUACCACCAACAAGUCCUUCAGAGAGCUUAUUUCGACCGAAUUCGAUUCAACAAUAAGGAGAGGCUUGUGAGGGUUUACAAUUUUGAGGGCUUAGAGAUAGCUCUGGGUUACUUGGCUACAGAACUGCCUGAGACAGACCGCGUCUUCAACUGUCUCCCAGAGGAUGAGAGAAAUGAUGGUUCAGUGUGCAUGGAGUGGAUGAACCUGGCUCGUCUGUACCUGAGCUACUCUGAAAAUGCAGGACUACGCUGUUACCGCUUCGUCUGGCUCAGCCAGGAUCCUGCCGUCAGGCCCACGGACUGCUAUGAAGACGGUGACAACUAUGGGCAUUGGUAUGGGGGAGGCCGCAGUCUGGGCAUGGCCUGGCCGGUAGAACUAGGCAGAGUGGAGAUGUCUGCGUUUGUUACUGGACAGGUAGGACGGCACCGCUGGGGUGGUGUACUGCGGCGGUAUUUCAUUAACUCUCGUGGUGUUGCCAUCUCUGUGGACCCUGAGACCCCUCUCUAUGUCUCCAUCAAUGCUGACAAGUCCACUCGUCUGUGUUUACAGGGAAGGCAUGAUGAGUUUGCGUACAUGUCGUCACAAGGACUACCCAAGCUCAACUACUCCAUCUGCACAGCAACCAACAUGAAGUUGCUACACUCUUCUCUCAGUGAGAAGUCGCUAUGGGAUGGACUGAGGGAGGAAGAUAACUCCAUCAUCAACUCUCUGUUGACUGAACCCGUGUGGCAGAUUGCACCUCAAGAUAAGCACAAACUGACUGAGCAGGCUGUGAUCAACUACACGGAAGAUGUCAUUGCUCUCGGCUUCCUCAGGCAGGGUCAUGUAUUACUCAACGAGUUCUGGCAAGCUGAGGUGGGUGACUUCACUGUGGACACAGAACGGUUCCCCACAAUGGAGAAGACCAUCGAGAUCAUACAUCGUCGAGGCUUUCGGAUCGCUCUCACGGUGCAGCCCUUCAUCGGCACUGAGUCUAACAACUUUGCUACGGCUGUCAAGAAAGGACUGUUGGUGACAGAGAGAGGGUUAGACAGAGAGAGACACAUUCCUGCCUUGACCUCGUACAAGUCUGUGGCCAGCGCGGGUAUGUUGGAUAUCACCUUCAAUGACAGCAUACCUUGGCUUCAGAAGCAGUUGCAGCAACUUGUCAAGGACUAUCAGAUAGACUCAUUCUACCUUGACAUUGGCACAGCAUACGAUAUGCCACUCCAUUACAGCAUGGAGAGGAACUUAACCAACCCAGACGAGUACAAGGCCCUGAUCACCAAUGCCAUCUUGAGCAGUGUCAGUGUCAUCGGGGUGUCUGGGGCCAUCACCAGGCCACCUGCCCCCAUCUUUGUCUCUCUUCCCUCCCUCCCCUCCACCUGGGAAUCGUUGCAAGUCAUUAUUCCAACUACUCUAACUUUUGGCAUCAUUGGAUAUCCCUUUCUCAUGCCCGGACCAGUCGGCGGUGAUUUUGUAGUGAAAGACCCUCUUCGCUUCUCUGGUAAUUCUUCUCUGGACUUUGACUUCACUUUCGAGGAACUGAUAGACAAGGGGCUGCCAAACAAGGAGCUAUAUAUUCGGUGGUUGCAGCUGGCUACGUUCCUGCCAGUGAUACGAUACUCUCACCUACCUAGCGAGUACAAGGACGAUGACCAAGUUCUGGAGCUAGCCAAGGUCCUCACAGCCUUGCGUCAGAAAAUGGUAAACCCACUUCUGAAGAAGUAUGCCCAGGAGGCUCUGGACUCAGGAACCCCACUGAUCAGACCCCUGUGGAUGCUGGACCCCGGAGACUCCGCCUGUCACCUGGUCAAGGAUGAGUUCUCGGUAGGCGAGGAACUGAUUGUGGCCCCAAUCCUGCGGCCCAACACGCAUGAGAGGGAGGUUUAUCUGCCUGCUGGCGUGUGGAAGGAUGGAAUUGAUGGUAGUCUGCGCAAAGGUUCACGUUGGAUCCACAGCUACAAGAUUCCACUAGAAAAGAUUGCAUAUUUCCUAAAGAUGCCAGACAAUACCAGAUUCUAACAGUUUUCCUACUGAAUUACAAGGCAUUCUUUUCAACCAGCUCAUUGAAAUAUAAAACAUUUAAUUUUAGAUAGAAAAUAAGCUGUUUCCAAAGACAGGAGUUGAAAUAAAAAUAAUAAAAUAAUAUUUUUUUAAUGUUUCAUAUCUAAGAAACUGCUUAACUUCACUCUAAUAAUAUGUGACUGAAAAAGUAGUUGUUUCGGAAGUUGUACAUAAUUUGUAUGAUAAAAUAUAAUAAAUAAGAUAGUAACUUUAGUUAUAAUGUAUUCAUUCUAAUUUAUAAAUUAGACAUUUUAUUACUUUCUCUCCUUAUACUAGUAUAGGAGAUUGAUAAAUAGUUGAAUUUUGGCUUGUAAAACAUGUCCCUUUUGUUUUGGAACAACCCACGUCUAUGAAGUAAAUUUGGUUUAAGAAUGAUAAUUUGGUCAAAUUUUGUAAAUACUUAAUGGCUAUAUUUUGUUUUGAAGGUAUUAAAUACUUUUUUAUUUAAAAACUAUGUUUUUGUAAAUAAAUAAUAAUUUAUAAAGAAAAGGCGUUAUAUUUUAUCUCAAUUUUCAACCAGAGACUACAAUAAACUCUAAACUAACCUGGAUAAAUAAACUGGAUGUUCAGAAAAAUUUUAAAAAGUAAUAAAAGUACAUGUUUGUAUUUUAGAUUAAAAUAACCUCCUUAACUAGUGCUUUCUAUAUGAGUUAAUAAAGCAUCUACUUUGCUAUUUCAUGAAUAAACACUUUGUCAUUAUAAUUUUUGCCUAUUUAUGUUUAAAUCUAAAAUAUUUUGCUCAAAAAUAGUGAGAAUUGUAUUAAAUAUUUACAUUGUACAGCCCCAUUAGCUAGUAGAUACCAAAAACUGUAUUUUAUUCUGAACAAUAUGCUUCAAGUUU